GUUUCUGAAGGUUAAAGAAUCGCAAGUUCAGCGUUAUCGUGACUGUUUCAAGGUGUGAUAAAAAAUCUCGAAGAGGUAUUAUAAUUACAUCAUGAGAGGCAAUUAAAUUCGAGUAGAGGUGUGUAACGUAUUCGUUGUCAAGUUUCUCAUGGUAUUUAACAGUGAUUGCGAUGGCGACUUGGAUAUCCAGAACUGAAUUAUCUUAAUAUCUACAUUUCAGAAAAGAGUUCCUUAGUUUCCACAUAUUUACUUCUUUUUGACAGAACAUAGAGAACAAAUCAUCCACAUAGUGUCUAGCUAUGCAAAAGAAACUUACUCUUCUUCUCGUCUGCAUCUUCAGCACUACCUUUGCCCAAAGAGGUUCAUUCGCGGGCAACCGGGUUAUAGGGGUACCAGAUCAGGCCAGUAGGUUCACGAACGGUACCACAGAUGGCAGCACUUCUGAUAGUAACCUCCAGUUUGCUGGUAGAUUCAGCUCAAAUGAAACUUCUUCCACCUUGAGAAUCCCGGUAGAUGCAAGAGGUGAUGAGAAUUUGGUGAAGAGGCUAGAAACUUGGCCCAGAGAGAACCGACCAUUCUGGUUGGUGAACGCCCAACUAAUUGAAAGUCAAAGAGAUCCUCUUGGAACUAGAAACAACUUCCAAGACAGUAGUCAGGGACAGGAAGCUUCCUAUCCUACCUUAAGAAAUAGGAUACAGCCUGGCAUAUCACAAGUUCAAAACAACAGUGAAGAGGAUUGGAGACUUGUGCCUUGUUUGAAACCCGUGAAUUCGACUUCGUUCUUUAUUUAUGGAGAUAGAGGAGUGAUUCGUCAGUAUAUUUAUGAUCCAGUUAAAGAUGGGUGGUUCCGCAAAACUCAUUCGGGAUCUGAUUAACUGAGGCUUUGCAAUGGAGGCCUUCCAAAAUGUGAUUUGCUUCCUCUCCGUAUGAGUUACUGUAAUAUUGUAAUGGAACUUCAGAUGAAACAUUUCAGCUGAAUAAAAUUUUAUAUUCAAUGAA